AUGGCUGCUUCUGCCCUCCUGAAGAGCCGCGUCCGACGCCCUUCUUACUUGAAGAAGUUGGCUAAGGCAGAGGAUCUCAUUGAUCUGUUUCCUCAUGGCUCGUAUAUCGGCUGGUCCGGUUUUACGGGUGUUGGAUAUCCUAAGAUGGUCCCCACCGCAUUGGCCGAUCACGUCGAGAAGAAUGGCCUCGAAGGUCAGCUGAAGUACACCCUCCUCGUUGGAGCCUCCUCUGGUGCGGAGACCGAGAACCGAUGGGCACGAUUGAACAUGAUUGAGCGUCGAAGCCCCCACCAGGUCGGAAAGGAGAUUGCCAAGGGUAUCAACAAUGGACAGAUUAAGUUCUUUGAUAAGCAUCUGAGCAUGUUUCCCUCGGAUUUGGUCUAUGGUUACUACACAUUAAACAAGCCAAGUAAUAAGAUUGACGUCGCUGUUAUUGAAGCCUCUGCGAUCACAGAAUGUGGUGGUAUUAUCCCUGGUGCCUCGGUCGGCGCCUCGCCCGAGCUUGUCCAGAUGGCCGAUAAGGUCAUUAUUGAGGUGAACACCGCUAGCCCCUCAUUCGAGGGUCUGCACGAUAUUGUCGGCUCCGACCUGCCUCCUGGCCGCAAGCCAUACCUGGUUAUGGCUCCUGAAGAUCGUAUCGGUCUCCCAUACAUCCCCGUUGAUCCCGAGAAGGUCGUUGCGAUCGUUGAAUCCAACUACCCGGAUCAGACCCAGCCCAACGCCCCUGAGGACGAGGGCUCCCAAGCUAUUGCCGCCAACCUCAUUGAAUUCCUCAAGCACGAGGUUAAGCACGGUCGCCUCCCGCCUAACCUCCUGCCCAUUCAGUCCGGUAUUGGCAACAUUGCCAACGCCGUCAUCGGCGGUCUCAGCAAGGGCGGUGCAGACUUCACCAACUUGAAGGUCUGGACCGAGGUUCUGCAGGACUCUUUCCUGGAUCUGUUCGACAGCGGCAAUCUCGACUUUGCCACCGCUACCUCCAUCCGCUUCUCCCCCGAUGGAUUCAAGCGUUUCUACGAUAACUGGGAGAGGUACGCUGGCAAGCUGCUCCUCCGUUCUCAGCAGGUUUCCAACAGCCCCGAGAUCAUUCGUCGUCUCGGCUGUAUUGGAAUGAACACCCCUGUUGAGGUCGACAUCUACGCCCACGCUAACUCGACCUGUGUCAUGGGUUCCCGUAUGCUGAACGGUCUGGGUGGUUCCGCCGAUUUCCUGCGUAAUGCCAAGUACUCCAUUAUGCACACUCCCUCUACCCGUCCCUCGAAGACCGAUCCUACCGGUGUCAGUUGUAUUGUUCCCUUCGCCACACAUAUCGAUCAGACAGAGCAUGAUCUCGACGUUAUCGUUACUGAGCAGGGUCUGGCUGAUGUCCGUGGUCUGUCACCUCGCGAGCGUGCUCGUGUUAUCAUUAAGAAGUGUUCUCACCCUGACUACUACCCCAUCUUGACUGAUUACCUUGAUCGGGCUGAGUUCGAGUGUCUGCGCAAGGGUAUGGGUCAUGAGCCUCAUAUGCUUUUCCAGGCUUUUAAGAUGCACCAGAACUUCCAGGAGAAGGGUACUAUGAAGAUCGAUUCUUGGGAGUAA